AUGCGCGGCCCUGCCCUCCACCCCGCACCCACUGCGUCUCGGCUGCGCCGGGACACCGUCCAGCAGGCCUCCUUGUCCAGCCCCAGCAAGGCUGUCUGGCUUUCGCCCCCUGCGUGCCACCCAGGGGCUCUGGACAACUCUGCCCUCCAGCUGCUGACCCUGUCCUCCCUCUACCCAAGGCUGGCAGCCCCGUCCUCGCGCCGCCCUGUGCGCCGCCCUCUGCACGCUCUGGACCCGGCGGAUCAUGCCUUCCGCAGCACCUUCAUCACGGCCUCACCUGGGCUUCCUGCCCCGCCUCCACGGCUAGACCCCCUCACCUCCCCAGGGAAGUGGAACGCGUGUUCCAAGGGCCCCCGAAGUCUGCGGGAAGUUCCAUGGGGGAGCUUCGCCCCGGGCUCGCGAAGGUCGGGUGCGGGCCGCCGAGCGCGGGCCAGGGCGCCGCCGGGCCGCGCGGGCGGGAACGCGCGGCGGCCGUCCCCUCCUCCCUCGCUCCCGCCCGCAGCGGCGGCGGCGGCGCUUCUCCGGCGCGGAGCGGCUUUAAAAGGCGGCACCCCACCCCCUGGCGCACUCGCCGCUCGGGCGCCGAGCGAGCCUGCCGGGGGCGCCGGCGGGCCCGGGCUCCGGCCGCUCGCGCCGCGCCCCUGGCGCUGGCUGCUGCUGCUCGCGCUGCCCGCCGCCUGCUCCGCGCCGCCGCCGCCGCCGCCGCGCCCCGUCUACACCAACCACUGGGCGGUGCAAGUGCUGGGCGGCCCGGCCGCGGCGGACCGCGUGGCCGCGGCGCACGGCUACCUCAACUUGGGCCAGAUCGGAAACCUGGAAGAUUACUACCACUUUUAUCAUAGCAAAACCUUUAAAAGAUCGACCUUGAGUAGCAGAGGCCCUCACACCUUCCUCAGGAUGGACCCCCAGGUGAAAUGGCUCCAACAACAAGAAGUUAAACGCAGGGUGAAGAGACAGGUGCGAAGUGACCCUCAGGCCCUUUAUUUCAACGACCCCAUUUGGUCCAACAUGUGGUACAUGCAUUGUGGCGACAAGAACAGUCGCUGCCGAUCGGAAAUGAAUGUCCAGGCAGCGUGGAAGCGGGGCUACACGGGAAAAAACGUGGUGGUCACCAUCCUGGAUGAUGGCAUAGAGCGGAAUCACCCCGACCUGGCCCCAAACUAUGAUUCCUAUGCGAGCUAUGACGUCAACGGAAACGAUUACGACCCGUCUCCGCGAUAUGAUGCCAGCAAUGAGAACAAACAUGGUACUCGCUGUGCGGGAGAGGUCGCCGCUUCAGCCAACAACUCUUACUGCAUCGUGGGCAUCGCGUACAAUGCAAAAAUCGGAGGCAUCCGCAUGCUGGACGGAGACGUGACGGACGUGGUGGAGGCCAAGUCCCUGGGCAUCAGACCCAACUACAUCGACAUUUACAGCGCGAGCUGGGGGCCAGAUGACGACGGGAAGACGGUGGACGGGCCUGGCCGACUGGCCAGACAGGCCUUCGAGUAUGGCAUUAAAAAGGGCCGGCAGGGCCUGGGCUCCAUUUUUGUCUGGGCGUCGGGGAACGGCGGCCGAGAGGGGGACCACUGCUCCUGCGACGGCUACACCAACAGCAUCUACACCAUCUCCGUGAGCAGCACUACAGAGAAUGGCUACAAACCCUGGUACCUAGAGGAGUGUGCGUCCACCCUGGCCACCACCUACAGCAGCGGGGCCUUCUACGAGCGCAAAAUCGUGACCACAGAUCUGCGCCAGCGCUGCACUGAUGGCCACACCGGGACCUCUGUUUCAGCCCCCAUGGUGGCCGGCAUCAUCGCCUUGGCGCUGGAAGCAAACAGCCAGCUGACCUGGAGGGACGUCCAGCACCUGCUGGUGAAGACGUCUAGGCCGGCCCACCUCAAAGCAAACGACUGGAAGGUGAACGGUGCUGGUCAUAAAGUUAGCCACCUCUAUGGAUUUGGCUUGGUAGACGCGGACGCCCUCGUCAUGGAGGCCAAGAAGUGGACUGCGGUGCCCCUGCAGCACAGCUGUGUCGCUGUCACAGACAAGAGGCCCAGGAGCAUCCCCGUGGUGCAGAUGCUGAGGACCAGCGCCCUGACCACCGCCUGUGCCGACCACUCGGACCAGCGUGUGAGCUACCUGGAGCACGUGGUGGCCCGCAUCACCAUCUCCCACCCACGCCGAGGAGACCUGCAGAUCCAUUUGAUUUCUCCCUCAGGGACCAAGUCUCAGCUUUUGGCGAAGAGGUUGCUGGAUCAUUCCAACGAAGGCUUUACAAACUGGGAGUUCAUGACUGUGCACUGCUGGGGAGAGAAGGCCGAGGGGGAAUGGACCCUGGAAAUCCAGGACAUGCCAUCCCAGGUCCGCAACCCAGAGAAACAAGGGAAGUUGAAAGAGUGGAGCCUCAUCCUGUACGGCACGGCCCAGCACCCCUAUACCACCUUCAGCGCCCAUCAGUCUCGCUCCCGGAUGCUGGAGCUCUCGGCCCCAGAGCCAGAGCCACCCAAGGCCGCCCUGUCGCCGUCCCAGGCCGAGGUUCCCGAGGACGAAGAGGACUACACAGCUCCUCCCUCCCAUGGCUCUCCUAAUAUUUUACAGACCAGUGUGUGCCAUCCGGAGUGUGGUGACAAAGGCUGUGAUGGCCCUAAUGCAGACCAGUGCUUGAACUGUGUCCACUUCAGCCUGGGGAGCGUCAAGACCAGCAGGAAGUGCGUGAGCGUGUGCCCCUUGGGCUACUUUGGGGACAUGGCAGCCCGCCGCUGUCGCCGCUGCCACAAGGGGUGUGAGACCUGCUCGGGCCGGGGCUCCACCCAGUGCCUGUCUUGCCGCCGUGGGUUCUACCACCAUCAGGAGGUGAACACCUGUGUGACCUUCUGUCCCGCCGGAUUUUAUGCUGAUGAAAAUCAGAAAAACUGCCUUAAAUGCCACCCAAGCUGUAAGAAGUGCAUAGAUGAACCAGAGAAAUGUACUGUCUGUAAAGAAGGAUUCAGCCUUGCACGGGGCAGCUGCAUUCCAGACUGUGAGCCAGGCACCUACUUUGACUCUGAGCUGAUCAGGUGCGGGGAAUGCCAUCCCACCUGCCAGACCUGCGUGGGGCCCAGCAGAGAAGAAUGUAUUCACUGUGCCCCAAAUUUCCACUUCCAAGACUGGAAAUGUGUGCCAGCCUGUGGCGAGGGCUUCUACCCUGAGGAGAUGCCGGGCUUGCCCCACAAAGUGUGCCGAAGGUGUGACGAGAGCUGCUUGAGCUGUGAAGGCUCCAGCAGGAACUGCAGCCGGUGUAAGACAGGCUUCACACAGCUGGGAACCUCGUGCAUCACCAACCACACGUGCAGCAAUGCCGAUGAGACCUUCUGCGAGAUGGUCAAGUCCAACCGGCUCUGCGAACGCAAGCUCUUCAUCCAGUUCUGCUGCCGCACCUGCCUCCUGGCUGGGUAG